UCCCGAACGGGGGAAUCCAUUGAUUAGGAUUUCGGUUUAACGCUUUAAUCCCAAGUGUUAAUAUCCUGUUUGUCUGACUUAGAUUUUUGUAUAUUACUCCACAUUCUCGUAUUUCUCGCAAUUUGUGUUCUGAAUUCUGAUCGAUCAACGAUGUUUUUAUUUUGGGCAAUUUGUGUUGAUAAUGUGUUUUGAUUUCAUCAUUCACAACACUUGCCGAUACAAGUCGAAAUUUCCUGUCACUGUUUGGAGAUUUUGUUGAUUCCGAUUUCGUUACAAUAAAGCAUGGAGUACUAGAACUAUACCAUUUUUCUGCAAUUGGUCAUAUUGGCAUUUGAGCUUGAGGGGCGUCGACAAUGUCAACCAAGGGCGAACACCAUACGGUCCCCCUUUCGGUGCUCCUGAAGCGUGAAUCAGCAAGCGAGAAAAUUGAAAAACCAGAAAUUCACCAUGGUCAAGCAAGCCAGAGCAAAAAGGGAGAGGACUUCACGCUACUAAAAACGGAAUGCCAGAGGGUGGUGGGGGACGGGGUGUCGACAUAUUCUGUUUUCGCGCUAUUUGAUGGACACAAAGGAUCUGCUGCUGCUAUUUAUGCCAAGGAGAAUCUACUAAAUAAUAUUUUAAGUGUGAUUCCUUCGGAUCUUAACAGAGAUGAGUGGAUAGCAGCUUUGCCUAGGGCGUUAGUUGCGGGCUUUGUAAAAACUGAUAAAGAUUUUCAAGAGACAGCUCAAACAUCAGGAACAACUGUGACAUUUGUGAUUAUAGAAGGUUGGAUUGUCACAGUUGCAUCUGUUGGUGAUUCCCGAUGCAUACUUGAACCUUCUGAAGGUGGGCUUUAUUACCUAUCAGCGGAUCAUAGGCUAGACACCAAUGAAGAGGAGGUGGCACGUAUAACGAGCAGUGGAGGUGAGGUUGGUCGGCUCAAUACUGGUGGAGGUGCAGAGAUUGGUCCUUUGAGAUGUUGGCCUGGUGGCUUGUGUCUUUCCAGAUCUAUUGGUGAUAUGGAUGUUGGACAAUUCAUUGUUCCUGUACCUUACGUUAAGCAAGUGAAGCUGUCCACAUCUGGAGGCAGACUUAUUAUCUGCAGUGAUGGUGUUUGGGAUGCUCUAUCUGCAGAAACAGCCCUUGAUUGUUGUCGUGGGAUGCCACCAGAAGUUGCAGCACCGCAUAUAGUUAAAGAGGCGGUACAAGCAAAGGGGCUUAGAGAUGACACAACCUGCGUUGUUAUUGAUAUUCUGCCCCAAGAGAAACCACCUGCUCCUCCUUUGACACAAGUUAAAAGACCAAUGAAAGGAAUGUUUAAAUCCAUGUUUCGGAGAAAAUCUGCGGAAUCAUCUUCUUAUAAUGAGAAAGAUUAUAUGGAGCCUGAUGUGGUAAUGGAGAUGUACGAGGAAGGAUCUGCUAUGCUUUCAGAAAGGUUAGAUACGAAAUAUCCACUCUGCAACAUGUUCAAGUUGUUUACCUGUGCAGUCUGUCAAGUUGAGAUGAAGCCUGGGGAGGGUAUAUCAGUACACGAAGGGGCAUCCAACCUGGGGAAAUUGCGUCCCUGGGACGGUCCAUUCCUUUGCCGAAGUUGCCAAGACAAGAAAGAAGCCAUGGAAGGGAAGAGAAAAUUAGAUAGACGUGGCAGCGGGAGUGACUAACGAAUUCGCGUGUGUAUUUGCAUUUUGAGAGAGCUAAUGAUUCUUAGUGGGAGGAUUUAACUUCCGAACAGUGACUUCCCUCCAUUGUCAUGGAGCUUCUCGAGAUUUUGGAUCUGUUUGAAAUUACACGUCAAAAUUGAUAUGGAUUUGUCCUUUUCCCAGUGCUUCAGAGUCAGAACGCCAAUUGCAUGUUAUGUGAUUUCUGACUUGGAGAAGUGGAAUAGCAACCGCCCAAGUGCUGUGGAAGGCUGUAUUAACCGCAGUGUACAAUAAGAAAAUAGGAUGUUGGUGGCCAUUGAUUCUUUUCUAUAAUUAUUCUGCGCCGAAUCCGUUCAUUUGUAUAUGGGUCCUUUGGAAUCACGGUAUGGACCUUAAAAGAAGGGGCUUUUGUUGUAAAAUGUGCUGUCGGGAAUUCAAUCCCCCGUUAGGUUAGAAGUGUAUUGAGCCGUUUAAAUGAUUUGUUGUUGUGGCAUUAGAUUUUGGUUAUUACUGAACGAACAUUAACCCCAGUCCAGUAAUAGAAAUGUUAUCCAUUACAUUCCCCCCCCCCCCCCGAUUUAGCCAGAUUGGAUUUUUCUCCCCUUCA